AGAGCCAGAGAGAGCUAGAGAUACUGAAGACUCAGUCAGUGCUGGGUGAAGGACUGAGGAGAACCUGUCUCCAGCGUCCUGAGAGCCACUCGAGAUCUUUUUGGGGAGCUCAAAAUUAUGACUAUGGAAUCUAUCACUGGAGCUGUCCUCAAGAUGUUACUUCUGUUGUCUACUCCAAACUGGAACAGAGUGGAAGCUGGGAAUUCCUAUGACUGUGAUGAGCCCCUGGUGUCUGCCUUGCCUCCGGCAUCCUUCAGCAGUUCUUCUGAGCUCUCCAGCAGUCAUGGUCCUGGAUUCGCAAGGUUGAAUCGAAGAGAUGGAGCUGGUGGCUGGUCUCCACUUGUGUCCAACAAAUACCAGUGGCUGCAGAUUGACCUUGGAGAGAGGAUGGAGGUCACAUCUGUGGCCACCCAAGGUGGAUAUGGGAGCUCCAACUGGGUGACCAGCUAUCUCUUGAUGUUCAGUGACAGUGGAAGGAACUGGAAACAAUACCGACAAGAAGACAGCAUCUGGGGUUUUGCUGGCAAUGCGAACGCAGACAGCGUUGUGUACUAUAGACUCCAGCCUUCAAUCAAAGCCAGGUUUCUGCGCUUCAUCCCUCUAGAAUGGAACCCCAAGGGCAGAAUUGGAAUGCGAAUUGAGGUGUUCGGGUGUGCAUACCGGUCAGUGGUGAUUGAUCUGGAUGGAAAAAGCUCCCUUCUCUACAGAUUUGAUCAAAACUCCUUGAGUCCAAUAAGAGAUAUCAUUUCUUUGAAAUUUAAAACCAUGGAGAGUGAUGGGAUCCUUCUGCACAGGGCAGGGCCUGCUGGAGAUCAUAUCUCAUUGGAGUUAAGAAGAGGAAAACUCUUCUUACUUAUUAAUUCAGGUGAAGCUAGACUGACCUCUAGUUCCACCCUGAUCAACCUCACCUUGGGCAGUCUUCUAGACGACCAGCACUGGCAUUCUGUGGUCAUCCAGAGACUGGGCAAACAGGUCAACUUUACAGUGGACGAGCACAGGCGUCACUUCCACGCCCAGGGAGAAUUCAAUUACCUGGAUCUUGAUUAUGAGAUCAGCUUUGGAGGGAUCUCAGCACCUGCAAAAUCAGUGUCAUUGCCAUACAAACAUUUUCAUGGAUGCCUGGAGAACCUCUAUUAUAAUGGAGUGGACAUCAUCGGCUUGGCCAAGCAACACAGCCCUCAGCUCAUCACCACGGGAAACACAUCGUUUUCUUGCUCACAACCGCAGUCUAUGCCUCUGACUUUCCUGAGCACCCGGAGUUACUUGGCACUCCCAGCAUCUUCCAAAGAGGAAGCCGUUUCAGCCAGUUUUCAAUUCCGAACCUGGAAUAAAGUGGGACUUCUGCUCUUCAGUGAACUCCAGCUGGUUUCGGGCGGUCUUCUCCUCUUGCUCAGCGAUGGGAAACUUAAACUGAAUCUCUACCAGCCAGGAAAGACACCCAGUGACAUCACAGCAGGUGCUGGCUUAGAUGAUGGCCAGUGGCACUCUGUCUCCUUGUCUGCUAAAAGAAACCACCUGAGUGUGGUCGUGGAUGGACACGUCACCCUGGCUUCUCAUUGGCUGGGUCCUGAGCAGGUUAAUUCAGGAGGCAUCUUUUAUUUUGGAGGUUGCCCAGACAAAAGCUUUGGAUCGAGGUGUAAGAGCCCAGUAGGUGGAUUUCAAGGAUGCAUGAGACUCAUAUCCAUCAGCAACAAAAUGGUAGAUCUGAUUGCAGUUCAGCAGGGGUCCCUUGGCAACUUCAGUGACCUUCAGAUAGACUCAUGUGGCAUUUCAGACAGGUGUUUGCCCAACUCCUGUGAGCACGGUGGCAAGUGUUCUCAGUCUUGGAGCACCUUCUACUGUAACUGCACAAACACAGGGUACACAGGAGCCACUUGCCACAGCUCCGUCUAUGAGCAGUCGUGUGAAGCCUAUAAGCACCGCGGAAAUGCUUCUGGCUUUUACUACGUAGACUCGGAUGGGAGUGGGCCUCUGCAACCAUUUCUGCUAUACUGCAAUAUGACUGAAACGGCAUGGACCAUCAUACAGCACAAUGGGUCUGACUUAGUGAGAGUCAGGAACGCUCAUUCCGAGAACCCACACACUGGGGCUUUUGAGUACGCGGCCAGCGUGGAACAGCUGCAGGCCUCCAUUAACCGUGCAGAGCACUGCCAGCAGGAGCUCGUGUACUACUGCAAGAAGUCAAGGCUCGUUAAUCAGCAAGAUGGAAGCCCUCGGAGCUGGUGGGUGGGAAGAACCAAUGAGACACAGACCUACUGGGGAGGUUCCCUGCCUGUGCCUCAGAAGUGCACCUGUGGCUUGGAAGGCAACUGCAUCGAUGCUCAAUAUCACUGCAACUGCGAUGCAGACAGGAGCGAAUGGACCAAUGACACUGGAUUCCUCUCCUAUAAAGAACAUCUGCCGGUCACUAAGAUAGUGAUUACGGACACAGGACGUCCCCAUUCAGAAGCUGCCUAUAAACUGGGACCUCUGCUCUGCCGGGGAGACAGGCCAUUUUGGAAUGCAGCUUCCUUUAAUACUGAGGCUUCCUACCUCCACUUCCCCACAUUCCAUGGGGAGCUCAGUGCUGAUGUGUCCUUCUUUUUCAAGACCACAGCCCUAUCUGGGGUGUUUCUAGAGAACCUGGGAAUCACCGACUUCAUACGGAUAGAACUACGGUCACCCACAACAGUAACCUUCUCGUUUGACGUGGGAAAUGGACCUUUUGAGAUCUCCGUGCAGUCACCCACGCACUUCAAUGACAACCAAUGGCAUCACGUGAGAGUUGAAAGGAACAUGAAAGAGGCAUCACUUCAGGUGGAUGAGCUCUCACCAAAGACACAAGCUGCUCCCACCGAUGGCCAUGUCCUUCUACAGCUCAACAGUCAACUCUUCGUGGGUGGGACUGCCACCCGGCAGAGGGGCUUCUUAGGAUGCAUCAGGUCACUUCAGUUGAAUGGGAUAGCCCUGGAUCUGGAAGAAAGAGCCACAGUGACUCCUGGGGUGCAGCCAGGUUGCAGAGGACACUGUGGUAGCUAUGGAAAGUUGUGUCGCCAUGGAGGAAAGUGCAGAGAAAAGCCCAGUGGUUUCUCCUGUGACUGCUCUUCCUCUGCCUAUGCAGGACCAUUCUGCUCCAAUGAGAUUUCUGCAUACUUUGGAUCUGGAUCUUCGGUGGUUUACAAUUUUCAAGAAAACUAUUCCUUAAGUAAAAACUCCAGUUUCCACGCUGCUUCGUUUCAUGGGGAUAUGAAGCUGAGCAGAGAAAUGAUCAAAUUUAGCUUCCGGACGACACGGGCACCAAGCUUGCUACUGUAUAUGAGUUCCUUUUAUAAAGAAUACCUCUCAGUUAUCAUCGCCAAAAAUGGAAGUUUGCAGAUAAGGUACAAGCUAAAUAAGUACCAAGAGCCUGAUGUUUUAAGCUUUGACUUUAAGAGCAUGGCAGAUGGGCAGCUUCACCACAUAAAGAUUGCCAGAGAAGAAGCAAUGGUCUUUGUGGAGAUCGAUGAGAAUACACGGAGACAAACUUACUUGUCAUCAGGCACAGAAUUCAGUGCAGUCAAAUCUCUGGUACUGGGCAGAAUGCUAGAAUAUAGUGAUGUUGACCAGGAGACAGCACUGGCUGCAGUCCAUGGCUUCACAGGCUGCCUCUCUGCUGUGCAGUUCAGUCAUGUCGCACCUCUGAAGGCUGCUCUGCACCCAAGUCACCCAGCCCCUGUCACUGUGACGGGACAUGUGACGGAGUCAAGCUGUGUGGCCCCUGCUGGCACCGAUGCCACCUCUAGAGAAAGAACACAUUCAUUUGCAGAUCAUUCUGGAACAGUGGAUGACAGAGAACCUCUGACGCAUGCAAUCAAAAGUGACUCUGCAGUAAUUGGAGGUCUGAUAGCUGUUGUGAUCUUUAUCUUACUUUGCGUCUCUGCCAUAGCUGUUCGCAUUUAUCAACAGAAAAGGUUAUACAAAAGAAAUGAAGCAAAAAGGUCAGAGAACAUAGACAGUGCCGAGGCUGUUUUGAAAAGCGAGCUUCAUAUCCAAAAUGCAGUUGGUGAAAAUCAGAAAGAGUACUUCUUCUGAUGGGCAGCAAUCCUGUGACUUGCAAAGAUGAGUGCAUUUUAAUAGCCAGGGGCUCUUGGGAGACAAGAACUGCUCUAGCCCUGACCAUCCAGGCGAUGGAUCUGCAGCACAGCCAUCUCGCCAUGUCCAGGCUCGGGAUGGCUCCAGGCAGCCUCCUCCAGUGAUGUGCUUCUAGCCAUCAUUAGCUGUUGGUGUCCCUUGCCGACUUCUGCACACAAUCAAAGCCAAGUUUAACUCGCGUCACAACUACGGUUUUUAAGUGUGGAAACUGUAGCCCUUCUCUUCAUUCUGUAAAACCUAAGUUUGGUUAGAGGUGAGAAUCAAAACUGGACUCUAACGGCCUUGCUUUACUUGAGACCACACGUCCUGUUUGCUUUUGUCUUCCCACGGUGUUGUUCAUGAGCCUGGAAAUGCUUCUGAGAUCCUGUUUGGCUGGUAUUCGCAUCUUCAAUGGCCAAAAGUCUAUACAUAAAGCCCCUUGCCUUUCUCUGUAUUACAUUCAAUACAUCAGUAGUCUGAGAAAAUGUUGUCUUUGGCUUGUUUGUAUUGCUCUUUUUCUAUUUGACCCUUUCGGAUACUUUUUAAUGCAUUUCGUUUUGAGUGUCGAACUUUUAACUCUGAACAUGCAAUUCCUAUAUAAAAAGACUCCAAAAGUACAGUGGUUGUCAGUAUGUGAUGUCAUGCCUCUCUGCAGACAGUUUCUUAUCAUUGUUUGGUGAUGACUGGUUAAGACCCUGAACAAUUGUGAUUUCCCAAAGACUGUACAACAUUUUCCAUUAAACCUGUCCUAGCACAGCAAAAAAUAAUAUUUUAAUUGCAACUGUAUUACCUCAAUUAUAUUUCAGAGACUAUUUUCCCCAAUCCUUAAAACAGGUUUAUGUUUUUCUAGAGGUUAUUACCAAGUUUUCUUUGAUUUCCCAUGAGGAUUUUUCGUGAAGUAUCCUCUUCUAUGAUAGAGAAGGGGAUAGCAUCAAGUAUAGAGCCCCACUCCUCAUUCUAAUAUAGUUAUGCCACUGGCAUGAAUUUUGCUGUGCACUAACCUCCAAUAUAUGUACUCUGUAAUCUGAUAUGUAACACGGCUCCGAUUUUGCAACCAGUAGAUAAAGUAACAAUGGAUGCUCAGUCUCUUAUCAGACUGAUGCUCAAGUUGUCAUCCUAGUCAUUUCUCAUGUAGGAUGAUUAAGGCCUCAAAACCGACUAAGAUCAAUAUCAAGCACUCACUAGUCUAUGGUGAUUAGGGUGUAUAUACAUAAUGGGAGGUGGGAGAAUAAUUCUUAACCUUAUUAAACUGUAAAAAUAAUGAACUUUAAGGCCAAGAGAACAAGAUAAUUGCAUGGGACUCUUUGAAGUUCAUAAGCCAAUUAAAUAACAAAAGCACUUUACAAUCUAUGUUCACACCUGCCUCCAAAGCAAAAAUUCAGCUCCUUGGUUUUUUGUAUAAAAGAAAACUUGGAAAUAUAUGAAUUCAGCACCACUAGCAUCUUCUAUUCCAUGUUUUCCUUGCUGAUUCCUCUUACAAAAUCUGCUUUUCUUUGCCCAAAACACAUGGUCCAUGUUAAUGUUUCUGUAAAUACUUGACAAAAUCUUAAAGGACCUGAAUUGACAAAGGACCUAUGUUGAUAAAUAGCGUCUACAUGUAUUUGCACACCACACACACACACACACACACACACACACACACACACCCUGUGGUGACAAGAGAAGUACUUAACCUAUAAUUUGAAUCAUUUGAUGUAAAGGGCACAGCCAUUACCAUAGCUCGGAUUCCUUUAAAGUCUUCUGUUUUAUUUACUAGCAUUAUUGACCUCACCGGUAGCUGAAAUAUGGACACAUUGAUAGAUGGUGAAGCUUCAAAGUCCUCUGUGGUCCAC